AAACGGCAAGAGUCUCUGAUCUCACUCCAUCACUAACUAGGACUCAUCAGCAAUGGCAAUGACAACACACUGAACACUGUGUUCAACCCUCUUCUCCACCGUUCCUCAGUUAAAAUAUCAAUGGCGUUCCAUAGAGCCCCAAAGCCAAAACCUAAAUCCACGAGAUCCCCAAUAUUGCUUCUCGUGGCAGCAGUGACAGCAAUCGCGCUCCUCUUCCUCUUAUCCUCUCUGCUUUCCACCACCGCCACAAAACCCAGCCUCUUUCAACGACGCCAACAGCACUUCGAAAAGUACCUCUAUUGGGGCAACCGCAUCGACUGCCCGGGAAAACACUGUGGAUCUUGCGAAGGUUUGGGUCACCAAGAAUCCAGCCUCCGGUGCGCCCUCGAAGAAGCCAUUUUUCUCGGCAGAACUUUCGUGAUGCCAUCGAGGAUGUGUAUCAAUCCCAUACAUAACAAGAAAGGCAUUCUUCACCAUUCCGCUAAUGGUAGCUCUGAAGAACUAUGGGAUGCAAGUUCUUGUGCCAUGGACUCUUUAUAUGACGCAGAACUUAUGUCAGGUACUGUUCCUGUGAUUUUUGACAAUUCAAAAGAUUGGUAUAGGGUUCUAUCAACAAGCAUGAAGUUGGGAACCAGAGGUGUUGAGCAUGUGGAAGGAGUUAGCCGUUUCGAACUUAAAGAAAAUAGCCGCUACUCUGAUAUGUUGCUCAUAAACAGAACUGCAAGUCCUCUUUCUUGGUUUAUGGAGUGCAAGGAUCGAAACAAUCGCAGUUCUAUAUUGUUGCCAUAUUCAUUUCUACCCUCAAUGGCUGCUGGGAAACUUAGAGAAGCAGCAGAAAAGAUCAAAGCAUUACUUGGUGAUUACGAUGCCAUCCAUGUUCGUCGUGGGGAUAAAAUAAAGACCAGAAAAGAUAGAUUUGGUGUAGCGAGGAGCCUGCAUCCUCACCUUGAUAGAGACACCCGGCCAGAGUUUAUUAUUUGUAGGAUAGCGAAGUGGGUCCCACCUGGAAGAACCUUGUUCAUUGCUUCAAAUGAAAGGACUCCAGGGUUUUUUUCACCACUUUCUGCCAGGUACAGAGUGGCAUAUUCAUCAAACUAUAGCCAUAUAUUGGAGCCGUUAAUUGAGAACAAUUAUCAAUUAUUCAUGAUUGAGAGGCUUAUAAUGAUGGGUGCUAAAAAGUUCAUUAGGACGUUCAAGGAGGAUGAGACAGAUCUUAGCCUCACUGAUGACCCCAAAAAGAACACUAAACUUUGGCAGGUACCUGUUUAUAAUGCGGAUGAAACAUGCUGACGACCACGGUAAAUUAAAAAUUACUUGCAUCCCCAAAAUUUUUAGGAAGAAAUUCUUCAAUGGAAGAAAUGAUAGGUGUUGAUUAGUUUUUGUUGUAAAUUAUGAUGUUAGCUACGUUAAAAAUUCCAUUAAUUAAUUCAUUAAAUGUAUGUACUUGUCUCAUAGUCAAUUUGAUCGGGUUUUUUUCA